UCAUCCUUCUUCCUCUUCGUCGUCAUCAUCAAUUUAGAACUUUGGUUCGCUUUAUCUGGAAAUACACUCUACGGAAAUCCAGCCACUGAAUCUUAUAAGAAAUGGGAAUAUAUCUGAGCUCUCCGAGAACUGAAAAGGCCUCAGAAGAUGGUGAGAAUGAAAGACUUCGAUAUGGCUUGUCUUCUAUGCAAGGAUGGCGAGCCUCCAUGGAAGAUGCUCAUGCUGCGUAUCCAGAUUUGGACAGUUCAACUUCAUUUUUUGGUGUUUACGAUGGUCAUGGAGGUAAAGCGGUUGCAAAGUUUUGUGCCAAGUACCUUCACCAACAGGUCCUCAAGCAUGAAGCAUUUGUAGUUGAUUUAGGAACUUCUUUACAAAAAUCUUUUCUCAGAAUGGAUGAGAUGAUGCGUGGACAAAGGGGGUGGAGAGAAUUGGCGAUCUUGGGAGAUAAAGUAGCCAGAGUUUCUGGUGUCUUAGAAGGCUUAAUAUGGUCUCCUAGAGGUAGUGAAGUUAAGAGAGGUGAAUUCAGUGACCAUGCUGAUGAAUGGUCUUCUGAAGAGGGGCCUCACUCUGAUUUUGAUGGGCCAAAUUGUGGAAGCACAGCUUGUGUUGCAGUCAUUCGAGGCAACCAAGUUGUUGUAGCAAAUGCUGGGGAUUCUCGUUGUGUGAUAUCUAGAAAGGGUCAGGCAUAUAAUUUGUCUAAAGAUCAUAAGCCUGAGUUAGAGGUUGAGAAAGAUAGGAUUCUGAAAGCUGGUGGAUUUAUCCAAGUCGGACGGAUCAAUGGGACUUUGAACUUGACCAGAGCUAUUGGAGAUGCGGAAUUCAAGCAGAACAAACAUUUGCCUGCUGAAAAGCAGAUUGUAACCGCAAAUCCAGACAUAAACACUGUCGAGCUUUGUCAUGACGACGAGUUUCUUGUUUUAGCUUGUGAUGGGAUAUGGGACUGCAUGUCUAGCCAACAACUGGUGGACUAUGUACGAGAGCAGUUAAAAGAAGAAACGAAACUCUCGGUCGUUUGCGAGAGAGUAUUUGAGAGAUGCGUGGCGCCAACUGCUGGUGGGGAGGGAUGCGACAAUAUGACGAUGAUCCUGAUUCAGUUUAAGAAACCAGUUAGCUCAAAUGCUUCAGUGAGUGACUAGUCCUUUUCAUGAGCAACCAUCUGAGACUCAAUAAAGAAGUCAUCUAAAGUGACCACCAUUUCCUGGAGUCGCGGGCUGUGGCUACCGUUAGCUUCCACACUUAAAAGGUCACUUCUCAUGACAUUCUUGUACAUAUGCAAGGUUGUUUACCAAGUAUUAUUGAGAUCGAGUAAUGUACAUGUCUCUGUUGGGAGUUUGGCUGGUGGGUGCCCCAGAUUUUUGAGUAAGGGCUUUGCCUGCUAUUCUUAUUCAAUGAUCAACAACUUGUUUCACCAUGUCCAGCUGAGCAUACAAAGAUGAAGAAAUAAAUUACAUGUUCUUAUUUU